AUGGCUACAGAAGUAUCACCACCACCAGCAUUGGUACCUUCUACAACCAAGUGCGCAUCUUCCCCGCCGGUAUCUCCUACCAUGAAAAGCCUACCAUCCGCACCACCUACAAAUCCUCCUACUCUACCGCCAUUGAUAACAAAUACAAAUACGGCUACCGCCCGGCGAACAACAACGGCGCCGAGGCCUCCUUCAUACGCCAACAGGCGCAUGUCAUCGUAUCAGGGCAAAAACUCCUCUCAGUCCCGACCCUCAUCACACGUCUUUCCCAUCUUCCAUUCCAGCUUACCCUACACUCUUGUCCGCGACUUCGCCUACCCACCGAACCAUCCAUAUCAUUACGGCCCUCCUCCACACACCUCAGGUCUCUCCACGCCAGUCAGUGAGUCACGGCGGCUUUCGGAUACUGCGGUAUCCCACUGGGACGAAUCGCGAGCACAAUCGUCGAAUACACCACCGUGGACGACUGAAAAUACAGGCAACACAGCGCAAACCAGUUCCCGAGAACAACUACCAGCAAUGACGUUCACUAAUGACGGUCCACCAUAUUCUGAAGACGAAGACCUCCACUCACCUGUGGUAACGACCUCGCGUCAUAAGAAAAGCAAGUCGUCAACCAAUAAUAGAGGACGUUCACCAGGUAGCUCGAAUGGCAACAGAGGAGUUUUCGUGGGUGUUAACGUAGACGGUAGCGAGACAUAUUAUGUUGAUGAGGAAAACCAAGCGGAUGAGGAUACUGAUGGUCCAGGAGGAGAGAUUGUCACAUAUCCACCACAUCAAGCUAGACAGUCUCUGCUGAGUCCCGAUUUCCAUAAAUCCAGCCAGCGAAGAGACUCACAUUUUGCCACAUCAUUACGCAGAUCAUCUGAAAGUGAUGCAAGAGUCCGCACCGAUGAGUCUGAUGAUGAGUAUUCGGAGGCUGAUGACGAGGCACGCUUUUCCCGCAACUACUCAUUCACUAUCGCAAGCCCAGACGAGGAAAUGCAUGGCAAAGCAGUAGCUCUAUUUGAUUUCAAGAGUGAGCACGAAAAUGAGUUGCCCUUGACCGAAGGACAAAUAAUUUUGGUAUCGUAUCGUCAUGGUCAAGGCUGGCUUGUUGCUCAAGAUCCUAAGACUGGAGAAAGUGGGCUUGUACCUGAAGAAUUUGUUCGGCUGGUCAGAGACAUUGAAGGCGGCUUGAAUGGUCUUACCGCUCAGAUCGAUGACCUGCUGAGCCCGGGGAGCGAAAACGUGGCCACCCCGACCGUGUCUGGCGAGGGAUUUGGAGGUCACGAAAAGAAAGCAAGUAAUGGAAGCAACCCGGCGACAGGAGAGAAGCAUCCGUCCAUGCAGUCAACCUUCAGCACAAGCAGUAAAGAUCUGGAGAAAUAUCCUUUGCAGAAGGACAAAGAUGACAACCCAACUCCUACGCUAUUAAGUCAUCCUCUGAGGAAUGAGCUAGUCGACAGCCAGAAGGGAAAGGAAAACAGCAAACGACCUUGA